AUGAGGAUUUUGGAUGAGAGUUCGAGUUUGUUAGUUAAGCUAAACGAGCUGUGUAGCAGCCAAGAGUCAGGGAACGGGGAAAUUGCUACUAAACAUGGUGCUGUGGAGCUAACAUGCUCGAUUUGCUCCAAAAUUAAAAUAGACGUUAGGAGUAACGCCAUUGUUGUUCCGUGUUUGAGAGCUUUAGCUGUUUUGAUUCAUGAGGUGUUUAGGAAGGCUUCUGGACCGAGGAUUGUGGUUGAUCUCUUGAGAGACUCUAGCUUUGAUUCUGAUUUAUUAGAUGCUGGUUUUGCUGUUGUUGCUGCUGCUGCGACUGGCAAUGAAGUUGUGAAGGAGAUAUCAUGGAGCUGA